AAACAGCAUUGAGACAAGAUGAGGACUUCAUCACUCUGCGUACUGAUCUGGUUGCUAUUACAACUAUCUUACACUUUUUGUGAUCAGCUGAUGGCACAAACAACAGACAGCAGGGAUUUCACAAAUGGAACAGCCACACUGAUCAUAAAUCCAGAUAGAACUCAGUUCUUUCGAUAUGAGUACAUCUCUCUGAGCUGUGCAACGCCGGGGAACUCCAGCAACUGGACAGUGAAGAGAACCACUUCCUCUAGGUCACUUGUUUCAUGUGGUGACAAGUUUGGUCGCCUUAAUGGGUCCAUCUGUACCAUUAGGGGUGUCUACACAGCAGACAGUGGGCAUUACUGGUGUGAGUCUGAGCGUGGGGAGAGAAGCAACGUCAUCGACAUCAUAGUCAACAAUGGCGUCGUGAUCCUGGAGAGUCCUGCACUUCCUGUAAGAGAAGGAGAUACAGUGACCCUUCGCUGUUCCUACAAGGAAAGAUACGCAGAGAACUCAACUUCAGAUUUUCCGGCUAAAUUCCACAAACCAGAUGGAUUAAUUUUGCUUCAACCUACAGGACAGAUGAGCUUCCAAGUGACCGAGUCUCAUGAAGGCCUUUACAAGUGUGAACAUCCCACAAAAGGACAGUCUCCACAGAGUUUUCUGGUCGUGAGAAAAGUUCAGUCUACAAACCCUCCUCCCACUCUGCCUUCUCCUCUCAUGACUACGCCCAGGCUGGUGUGCACCAUCCUGCUGAUAGUCCUCUACAACGCCAUCCUCAUUGUGUGUAUAAUCAUUUACCGGAGGUGGGCUCGAGGUCGAGCCAGAGAAAAGAAGAGAGCUUCUCAUCAUCUGCAGCGAUGACUUCUUUACUGCUUUGCUGUUUUUUUCUAAAAAUCCAACUUGAACUGUCCCAAGAAUAUAAGACAGACU